CCCCAUAUUAAUACCAGUUUCAUGCUAACAUGAUGUGGUGUGCUGUACAUCAAACGUUACUCUUAAAUAUUACGUUAUGUCUAAUGAUUUUAAUCAUCUUAUUGCAACUAUUUUCAACAAUCUUACCAAUAGAUGUGUCUGCUCUCAGCAGGUACAUAAUUAUAAAUUUUCAUAAUUUGGUUAGCAUCAAUUUUAUUAUAAUAAGAGGAAAAAAAGACAGAGACAGCAAGGUGAAAUCUGUAUAAAACAAAUACAAGUUUAUGUCUUUAUGCAUCAAUUACAUAACCCAAUUGCCAUGCUUCAUGCUUAGACCAAUUUUCUCCACUCUCUCUACACUUUAUCCAUUCCUUAGCUUUUCUUUCUACCCCAUGUGCUAAAAGCAACUUCCCUUUUACUUACUCUUCCUUUUUGUUCCCUACAAUUUUAAAAUUACACAUUUGUGUUUCUUUAUUACUUUAGCAAUCUCUCUCUCUCUCUCUCUCUAUUUUAGCAUCCCAUUCUGAAGAAAAAUGGAGAAACAGAUGAAAAAAUGAAGUCUUUUGCAGCUGACAUUGAAGAAUUUCACCCAUGGUUCCUUGUUGGGUUCACCUAGAAUCAAAGUCACCUUUUAUUCAUCAGAUAAACUGAUAAAGAUCAGUUAUUUAACAAGUUUAGAUAAUUUGCUUCUGGUUCCGUCAUGAAGGAGUUUCCUUCUUGUUUUGGAGAAAAUGGUGUUCAGGUUGCAAAUUUAUCAUCCUCUUCAAGUAGUACCACAAGAGGAUCACAAAAUGUGGUUACUUGUAUCUAUCAGUGUAAAUUAAGAGGCCGUUCAUGCUUGAUUACUGUUUCAUGGACAAAAAAUUUGAUGGGUCAAGGCUUGAGUAUUGGAAUUGAUGAAUUGGGUAAUCAUUGCAUUUGUAAGGUUGAUAUAAAACCAUGGUUGUUCUCAAAAAGAAAAGGGUGUAAGAAUUUGGAAGUUGAAUCUAGUAAAAUUGUUAUACUUUGGGAUUUGAGCUAUGCUAAAUUUGGUUCUGGCCCAGAACCAUUAGAAGGGUAUUAUUUAGUUGUUUUGUUCAACAAAAAGAUGGUGUUGCUUUUAGGGGAUCUGAAAAAGGAAGCAUGCAAGAAGAUUGAUCGUGACAGUGUUAGUGUUAAAUCUGAUGCCAUUUUUAUUGCAAAGAGGGAACACAUUUUUGGCAAGAGAUUUUACUGUGUAAAGGCUCAAUUUUGUCACAAGGGUAAAGUGCAUGAUGUAAGAAUUGAGUGUGACACAUAUGUUGGGACUAAUGAUCCAUGUCUUGUGAUUAUAAUUGAUAGCAAGAUGGUGAUGCAGGUGAAGCAGCUGAAAUGGAAGUUUCGUGGGAAUCAAACUAUUUUGGUGGAUGGUUUUCCAGUGGAAGUGUUUUGGGAUGUGCAUAAUUGGCUCUUUGGAAAUACUAUGGGAAAUGCAGUUUUUAUGUUCCAAACUUGCAUUUUAGCUGCUGAGAAGAUGUGGUCAGGUCAAUCUGUUUAUGACCCUUCUGUUCUUAACUGGGCUUAUUCUCAGCAAUUCAGAGAUUCUCAGUUGCAAGGUCUUGGAUUUUCCCUCAUUUUGUAUGCUUGGAAAAAUGAGUAGCUAAUACAAGAGUUGAAUCUUAUUAUUGAGUGAUGAAGUUAUAUUGAUUUGAUUGAUAGCUACAGUUUUCAACAAUUAUGUGAUCACAUUACAUGAAAAUGCUAUUAUUUUCUUUGAUUCCAUUGUGUAUAUAUACAAGCUCUAUAUUAGCCUUUUCUAUUAGCACAUUCUGA